CGCCCUCUUGUUUUGGUGUCCUUUCGCUCAGUUUGCUUUUUGCACGUGGGUUUUCAUUUAAAUUGAGUACCGGUAGCAGGUCCCGAAGCAGGUGCAAGUCGAACGUAUUGUUUGGGCCUAGCUGCUACUCAUGCUGAUUUUAGAUGUGAUAUUUUGGAACUUCAGCUUAAGGAUUUCAAUUAAAUGCAAGAAGAUAUUUGUAGCACAAUGUCAGAACAAGAAGCACAUUUGCAUAAUGCUCUGAAUCCUGAAAUUAAAGUUGAACCAGGCCAGUGCAGUGAUCCAGAAAGAGAUGAUAGUUAUGGUUUUUUUAAAAAUGGUUUGCCAACAAUUCCAUUAAAAGUAAACACUGCAAGUUCAUUUCUAACAACUGAAAAUGAGAUUGAAAAUAAUGAUAAGUGUAAGGAAUAUGAGGAUGACUGCAGAAAUGUGUUCAGUGAAGAACAAUUCAAGUUUGACAGUUUAAAGGAACAUUUGAAAUAUAAAAAUGAACCUCUGGAAAAUAUAUGUGAACAUGAAACCCACUGUCAAUGCCAAUGUUUUGCAAAGGAAUUUAAUCACGGAAUUAAAUUAGAAAAACAUUUGAUAAUACAUACAGGAAAGAUUCCCAAUGAAUGUAGGAAUUUGAAUGCACAUUUAUGGAAACUGAUAGGAGAGACAUCUUAUGAAUGUGAACAUUGUGGAAUGAAGAUCAAUCAAGGCAAGUAUUUGAAGAUACAAUUAAAGAAACAUAAAGGACAAGUAGCAUAUGAAUGUGAACAAUGUGGAAAAACAUUUAUGAACAGGGAAAGUUUGAAAACACACUUAAGCACACAUACUGGAGAGAAGCCAUACGAAUGUGAACAUUGUGGAAUGAAGUUUGGAAUUAAAAGCUGUUAUAGACAACAUAUAAUGAGACACACAGUUGAAAAACCAUAUGAAUGUCAACAUUGUGGACGGAAGUACAUUCAAAGGAGCAAUUUGACAAAGCAUUUAAGGAUACACACAGUAGAGAGACCAUUUGAGUGUGAAUACUGCAGAAAGAAAUUUACUUUAAGUAGCAAUUUGAAAGCACAUGUAAGGAUACACAAUGAAGAGUUACCUUAUCAAUGUGAACAUUGUGGAAGGAAGUUUAACCGAAGUGUUAGUUUGAAAGCACAUAUAAGGAUACACACUGGCGAGACUCCAUAUGAAUGUGAACAUUGUGGAAAAAAAUUUAAACUAAGUUGCCACUUAAAAACACAUGUAAGAAUACACAACAAAGAGUUUGAAUGUGAAAGCAGUGGAAAGAAAUUUACCGAAAGUAGCAAUUUGAAAGAACAUAUAAGUAUACACACUGGAGAGACACAACAUUGUGGAAGGAAGUUUAGAAAUAACAGCAAUAAUAGAAGGCAUUUAAGGAUUCACACAGGAGAGAGACCAUAUGAAUGUGAACAUUAUGGAAAGAAAUUUAGGCAAUGUAGCAGUUUGAAAGUACAUUUAAGGACACACGGCAGAGACUCAUCUUAUGAAUGUAAACAUUGUGGAAAGAAGUGUAAUAGGAGUGGCGAUUUGAAGAAACAUAUACGGAUACACACAGGAGAGAGGCCAUUUGAAUGUGAACAUUGUGAAAAGAAAUUUAUUCAAAGGAAAAAUUUGAAAGAACAUGUAAGGAUACACACAGGUGAGAGACCAUUUGAAUGUAAACAUUGUGGAAAAAAAUUUAUUUCUAGUAGCACUUUGAAAGCACAUGUAAGGAUUCACACUGGAGAGACACCAUAUGAAUGUAAACAUUGUGGAAGGAAGUUUAGUUUAAACAGCAAUUAUAGAAGGCAUUUAAGGAUUCACACAGGAGAGAAACCAUAUGAAUGUGAACAUUGUGGAAAGAAAUUUAGGCAAUGUAGCAGUUUGAAAGUACAUUUAAGGACACACGGCGGAGACUCACCUUAUGAAUGUAAACAUUGUGGAAAGAAGUGUAUUAGUAGUGGCCAUUUGAAAAAACAUAUUAUGCGAAUACACACAGGUGAGAAACCAUUUGAAUGUGAACAUUGUGAAAAGAAAUUUAUUCAAAGGAAAAAUUUGAAAGAACAUGUAAGGAUACACACAGGUGAGAGACCAUUUGAAUGUAAACAUUGUGGAAAGAAAUUUACGAUAAGUAAAUAUUUCAAAGCACAUUUAAGAAUACACAAUGGAGAGAGACCAUUUCAAUGUGAACAUUGUGGAAGGAAGUUUAGUUAUAACAGCAAUUAUAGACAGCAUUUAAGGAUUCACACAGGAGAGAGACCGUAUCAAUGUGAACAUUGUGGAAAGAGAUUUAAUAGCAAUAGCAAUUUGAAUUCACAUUUAAGGAUACACAGUGGAGACUUAACUUAUGCAUGUAAACAUUGUGGAAGGAAGUGUAUUAGUAGUUGCGAUUUGAAGAAACAUAUACGGAUACACACAGGAGAGAGGCCAUUUGAAUGUGAACAUUGUGGAAAGAAAUUUAUUUCUAGUACCGCUUUGAAUAGACAUACUUAAAGAUACACACAAGAGAAAGGCCAUUUGAAUGUGAACAUUGUGGAAAGAAGUUUAUUAGUAAAGACGUUUUGAAAAAGCAUUUUACAAAACACCUAGGAGAGAGACCAUAGUUAUGUGAACAUUGUGAAAAGUAGUUUAAAGACCAUAUUGCUAUGAAAAUGCAUGUAGCCAUACAUGCAGACAUAUCAAUGAAGUAAUGUAAACAGCGUGGAAAGACAUGUCAAAGCACAAAGUGUCUUAACAGACAUACAUGAAGAUAAAUGGAUGUGACAUACCUUAUAUGAAUAUGAACAUUGUUGAAAGAAGUUUUUUUUUUAUAGCCUUUUGAAAUUUCAUUUAAUAGUACACUCAGGUAAGACUCCAUAUGAAUAUAAACCAUCUGGACGGAGAUUAAAAGACAUUAGCAACUUCUGAAGUUGCUAGUGUCUUUUAAUCUGUACGGAGAUUAAAAGACAUUAGCAACUUCAGAAAGCAUUCCAAGAGUUUGUAACGCACACAAACAACUGGCACUUUCCUGUAUCCUACACUGGGACGUACGCCCUUUUAAAAGACAGUUAUAGACCCAGCUUUACUUUGGUUGUAUACCCCAUAAAUUAUGCUGAAUAGUUUGUUCUACUAAGAGAAACCUAUGUUGAAAAAAAUUAGGAAAAAAGUACAGUAGGAAGUAAUAAUAAUAAUAAUCCAAGUAGAAUGAAAUAUAGUCAGAUAUCAAAUACAUGUGGCAUGACAGCAAAAUAAUAAUGCUUGUCCUGUGAAGUGAUCUACAUGGUUGUGAGAUAUUUUAAAACUGUAGAUUGGUAUUUAAUAUUAUUCGGUGUUUUCAUUCCAUGUUUUUGUAAUCUGUUCUUUUUGGCAAAAUCUUUUACAUAUUUUCAAUAUAAUUUAAUUCCUUCAUAUACAUUUUCUGUGUUUUUGUCACAAUUAACUACCACUAACCAAAGACAUUGUUGAAAUAAAGAAAUUUUGAAAUAGAAA